CAUACAGCCCAGCACCCACCUAAGGAAGUGCGACAUUAAGAUACGAUACAACAACAGUCGUAACGAGUUUGAGUGUGUCUCUAGUCACCAGACACUGAAUCGUCGUAUAUCAGAAAGUAAACAUACUUCACAUACUAAAACAUAACAGACACUAAAUUAAUCGUAAAUGUUACAAGCCAGACAAAUAUCACAAUUAUUAUCACAAGGGUUAAAUUCUGUCACCCUUAAUUCGACUACGACAACCAAUUUGGGCAAUAAUAAUGUCGUAGGUACAACAACUAAUGUAUCACCCAUAGCCAUUUCAUUAUUAAGUAGUGAAGGUAUCCCACUUACAACUGUAGUUAAUAGUAAUCAAAAUGAAAAUAAAACUCACGGAUAUGAUAGUGAUAGUCUUAAAAUAUAUUCAUUACUUGGAUAUAAACAAUUACAAGGAAAUCAAUCAGAUGAACCUCAUGAUAUAAGGUUAGAUGAUUGGGAUAUUAUUCAACUUGAUGAAGAACUUAAAUUAAUUAUCCGUAAAAUCAAUUAUGGAAGUGCAAAUAAUGAUACAUCAGAUUUACAAGAAAAUGGUAUAGAACAUCGUGAACAUGUUGCAGAUACUAAAGCUGAAGAUGUACACAUAAAUCAAGAUGAUAUUAAUGGUAAUGGUAAUAGUAACAGUAAUGAUAAUGAUAAUGAUAAUGAUUAUGAUAAUGAAAAUGCUGGUAAACAAUUAUAUGUAGUAUUGUAUUAUUCAUCAUCAUUACCUGAUUCUAUAGCCAAAUUAAAAGUUGAUAAUCUUAGUCAAGCAAUAAAUGAGGGCUUACAAGGGUGUAGUAGUAUUAUAUAGACUUUAUUUAUAUUGUAAAAACAGUAGAGAUAAAAAUAUUAAGAUGCAGAAGGCGUAUAAGAAUGAAUAUAUAUAUAAUUAUUACUACUACUACUACUAAUAAUAAUAAUAAUAGCAGUAUAUAAAUUGAUGCAAAGAUUGAUGAAUAACAUGACAAACCAACUAAAGAUCAAAGGAGAAGCAAAGAGAGAUAAA